AUGGAGCGAACCCACGCUGCUCUCCAGAAAUUGGGAGCUCAAGUUCACAAAGCGACGAGCUCAGCUCCCGAAAUCGAGAGCCUAAUUGAGGAAACUCGUGGAACUCCGUUCACCGAUAGAAUUUCCAAUUCUUACAUAAGAGAUACUCGAAAAAUUAAGAUCCCCGAAUACGAUGGGAACGCAGACCCAAAGGCCUAUUUAAGAGCCUUCAGACUAGCCAUCGUUAAAGCUCAUUUCACAAAAGAGGAAUGCAAUGCGGGGUAUUGUAGAACAUUCGCUGAAAACCUGGUCGGAACUGCCCUCGAAUGGUUUUCUGGCCUCGAGCCAAACUCUAUAGACAGCUUCGACCAAUUGGCUAACGCCUUUAUGAAGCAAUAUUCAACCCACAUCCUAAAGCAAGCCUCCGAGGCUGACCUCUGGAAGAUCAGACAAGGAUUGGGAGACUCACUAAGAGGUCUCUGGUACAAAUCAGGCUUUUUCUCGGAGCUAACGCUAAAUCCUCCCUCAACUAUCGACGACGCCCUCCAUAAGGCCUCUAGAUACAUUACCUUGGAAGAGGAAACAGCAGCGUUAGAUAAGCUCCACAGAAAAUCCCAGAAUCACCCGAAAGUCGAAGCCUCCGACGGAAAGGGACCUCAUAAAAGGGGAAACUCCCGAAACAAUCAGACUCAGGGAGAGCACUCUUAUGUAAUCGAGGACAACAAGGACGAAAAACCUGUUGCCGCGACAGCCAAAGCCCCCUGGAAAAAGCUCCAAAUCGAAGCCCUCCUGAGUAAAACACCUCCCCAGUCAAGCCCUGGCUCAAGGGUUGAUUACAUCCUCGGAGGGUCCGACGUGUGUCAAGACUCCGUUAACUCCAUCAAAAGUCACGUACGGAAGGCUGUGUCAAACACUCAGCCCAAACUGAUCAAACCCGAGUCUAACACUAAAAUCUCUUUCUGGGAAAGCGAGACAUCAAACCUCGACAGACCUCACGACGAUGCCCUUGUUGUAACAUUAAACAUAGCAGGGUACGAGGUACCUAAGCUCAUGAUCGACACCGGAAACUCUGUCGAUCUCAUUUUUUACAACGCAUUAAAGGGAAUGGAAAUAGACGACUAUGAAAUCGUCGACCAGAAAUCCAACCUCGUUGGUUUCUCAGGCGAAACAGCUACCUCAUUGGGAACAAUUAAGCUCCCAAUUAUAGCCGGCGGAGUCAUGAAAAUGACCAACUUCAUAGUUGUCGACAAACCAUCUCCUUUCCACGCAAUCCUCGGAAGACCUUGGAUUCACAAGAUGAAAGCAGUAGCUUCGACUUAUCACCAAUGCGUGAAAUUUCCAACAACUGAUGGAAUAGCUACCAUACUCGGCAGCCAAAAGAUUUCGAGGAUCUGUUACCUGGGUGGAUUCGAGAUCAUAAAAGAAUCCCCCCAAUAG